AUGCCUCAAAAUUGCGCUGUUACAUACUGUACUAAGAAAGUGUAUGAGGAAAAUGGCGUGAAAAUCUCUUUUCAUAUUAAGUUUCCAGACGACGAAGGUGUGUUCAGGCAAUGGAUUGUUGCAAUACGAAGAGAUAUAGGGUAAAUUUUCAAGCGACACAAAACUAGCGAGUUUGCUCUCGCCACUUUAAGCCAGCAGAUUACAUCCGUUUGCUUACAGGUCGCAAGAAAACAUUAAAAUCUGCUGUCCCAUCCGUAUUUCCUUGGACGAAAGGUUCGCCGGCAAAAAGAAGACCGCCAAAGCAUAGAAGUUCGAUCAAGGAAAAAAGCCCGAAGAAAACUUCCGAAACGACAACGAUAAGCGACAGCAGCAAUUCCACGUGUGUGUCAAUUACUCCUGUAGAUCCCCUGGAAAAUCAGGAGUCUCCCGAUCUUGAGAAUUUCGACAAUUCUUCUGCUGAAGAGCUGCUGGACGACCGCGAAGAAAAGCUUCGUAAUUUGGAAUCUGAAAAGGCUAAGCUAGAAGGAAAAAUCAAACAACUCACGAUGGAAAUAGAACGGCUAUCUGCUAAGAACAAUUCGUUGCAAGCAAAGGUAUUUAGCAUAGACAGAUUUAUCACGUCAGACAAAGAUUUGUCGUUCUAUACCGGAUUUCCCAAUGCUAGCGUUUUGGAAAGUAUUCUUCGGUACUUAAAUCCUGGGAAAGGAGUUGUGAACAUAAACUAUUGGCAUUCAUCCACAGAUGAUACGAAAAAUGUGAAUCAGGAAGGUGACAAGGAUGCCCCUAAACAAGGAGGGCCAAGGCAACUGAGCCCAAGGGAGGAACUUUUUUUAACUCUGUGCCGUCUAAUACAGGGCUUUAAAGAGGAGCAUUUGAGUCAUUUGUAUGGUAUUUCUCAAGCAACUGUCAGUCGAAUUGUAAUUUCUUGGAUUAUUUUUUUGUUUCUAAAGUUCAGCACCAUUCUUAUAUGGCCCUCUAUAAGGAAAAAGUUGAAGAGCACAUGCCUGCUGACUUUAAGGAGAAAUACCCUUCUCCCAGGGUCAUAACUGACUGUACUGAAAUCCGCUGCCAAAUUCCCAAGAGUCUUCUUUUUAACAGUGAGCUUUUUAGCUCAUACAAAAAUCACACUACUCUGAAGGUUCUGGUUGGCAUCUCACCUGGGGGUGCCAUAACAUUCAUCAGUCAACUAUACACAGGCCAUAUUUCAAAUAGAGAAAUUGUUAUGCCUUCAGGAUUUCUAACUUUACCUUUUGCAAGAGGAGACUCCGUAAUGGCAGAUAAAGGGUUUACUGUGCAGGAUCUUCUUCCCCUUGGUGUCUGCCUUAACAUCCCUCCUUUCCUUGGAAGCAAA